ACUGCCAGGUUCCUGUUCGUUCAUUUAACAUAGCCCUAAACGCAUCAUGGAGGACGAUUACGGUGGCGUUACGGAUUCCCCCAAACGCGGACCAACCCUUUCGACUUCAACGUCCAGCUUCGAACCGUUUGACGCCCACGAUCCCAACCUGUCCCGGUUAGCGACGAAAAUGUUCCAGAAAACGGGGGAAUACAUAAGCCACGAGCUGAAUACAACGGCAAACGAUUACAAGCUGAUCGAGAACAUGAAUAAAGCCAUGAUGGGCAAGGUGCUGGAGAUGAAGCAAAUGUCCGAAUCGAUCGCGGCCAAGAAUAGUGAACUGAACCGGAAGUAUGAAGAAUUGAAACCACUUCUGCAAAAAGUAGACGAUAUCGAGUCCACCGUGGAUAAACUGGAAGCAGCCGCGUUCCAGCUGGAUUCCUAUACGAUUAGGCUGGAAAAUAAGUUUAAAGCUCUGAAAGCUAAGAAAUAACAGAUUAAUGUGUGAAAUAACCAAAGACUAAUCCGUAGUCACACGUAAGU